AUGGUGCGGCAUGAUGCCAAAGCUGGGACUGGGCAAGGGUUUGUUAACCCAACGGUCACCAUAUCGGACGAAGCUGUCGUGCUGGAGAUGAAUAAUGGCAACGGAGACACCCGUGUACAUCGCGAUAGUUUGCUAGGAUUGAGUGAACCGCUACCUCGCUUGGAUCAUUACCGGGCCUCGCAGCGCAAUGCGAAGCGUCCCUCAAUCGGUGUGCUGCACGGUGAUCGCGACUCCAAGGAUGGCCAACCCGACGAACAGCUGGAGGAGGAUACGAAGGCACCGGGACACGCCAUCCGGCUGGGCUGGGUUCAGGGCGUCCUCACCCCGUGCCUGCUGAACAUCUGGGGUGUUAUGCUGUUCCUGCGUCUCAGCUGGGUCGUUGGCGAGGCGGGCAUCAUCCAGACGUUGAUCAUCAUCGCACUGUCCUAUCUGGUGUGCGUGAUGACCACGCUCUCACUGUCCGCCCUCUGCACGAACGGGCAGAUCAAGAGUGGCGGCCUGUACUACAUCAUAUCGCGGUCGCUCGGGGCUGAGUUUGGCGCCUCGGUUGGCAUUGUGUUCGCCUUUGCCAACUCGGUCAACGCGGCUAUGAACACGAUCGGUUUCUGCAGCUCUCUCAACGAUCUACUGAAAAGUCUCGACACGAAGAUCGUCGACGGUGGCGUGAACGAUAUCCGCAUCGUGGGAUCCAUCUUUCUCCUGCUCAUGAUCAUCAUUUGCGCCAUCGGAAUGGACUGGGAGGUGAAGGCCCAGAACUUCCUGCUCGUGCUGAUCGUAGUGGCGAUCUUCAACUUCAUUAUCGGUGCGAUCAUCGGUCCGGGCGGCUCGGAGGAGGAUAUCGGCAAGGGUUUUCUCGGUAUUUCGGGGGCAUUGCUGGCCGCCAACAUGGGACCGGGGUAUACGAUCAUGAACGGGGUGCAGCAAAACUUCUUCAGCGUGUUCGCCAUCUUCUUCCCGAGCGUGACCGGUAUUCAGAGUGGAGCGAACAUCUGUGGCGAUCUGCGCGAUCCCGCGUCGGCCAUCCCGAAGGGUACGCUAUGGGCUUGUCUCAUCUCGGCCAUCUCGUACGUGCUGUUCUCUUUCAUGGCUGCUGGUUCCGCGGUGCGGGAAGCGUCUGGAAAUGCUAGCGAUUUGGUGGGCGUUACAUUCGCCAGCUGUGCGGGAGGAAACUGUACCACCUAUGGGUUGCUCAAUGACUACACUGUCAUGCAGCUGAUCUCGCUCACCAGUGCGAUCACAUACGCCGGUUGCUGGGCGGCCACACUCAGCACGGCCCUGACGAACAUCCUGUCCGUGCCGCGACUGAUUCAGGCUCUCGGCAUCGAUCGCAUCUACCCGGGGCUGAUCUUCUUCUCCAAGGGCUACGGUAAGCACGGCGAACCGUACCGCGGCUACGGGUUGGUGUUCUUCGUGUCGCUCAUCUUUAUCCUGAUCGCCGAUCUGGACGCGAUCGCUUCGCUCAUCACCAACCUCUACCUGGCGUCGUAUGCGUUCAUCAACUUUUGCACGUUCCAUGCGGCCACCGUGAAGCCUCUCGGCUGGCGACCAACCUUCCGCUACUACCAUCCGUACGUCAGCCUGCUCGCUACCGUGCUGUGCGUGGCGAUCAUGUUCCUGAUUUCGGUCGUCUCGUCCUUCGUCGCGAUGGCGUUCAUCUUCGUGCUGUACCUGGUGGUCGUGUACCGGAAGCCGGACGCCAACUGGGGUUCGUCGGUGCAGGCGCAAGCCUACAAGACGGCACUCAACUCGACGCUCAACCUCGAGGGUACUGGCGAUCACGUGAAAAACUAUCAGCCACAGAUCCUCGCCAUCGCCGGCGAUCCCAUGCAACGGCCGGCGCUCAUCGAUCUUGCCCAUCUGAUCACGAAGCACAGCGCGCUGAUGGUGAUUGGUAAUAUCAUACCCCAGCGGUUGCCGUACAAGCGACGCCGUACCCUGUCCGAUAUGGGCAAGAGCUACCUGAAGGACUCCAACAUUCGGGCGUUCUACAAGGUUGUCGACGGAGUGGACUUUGACCAGGGAGCCAGAUCGUUGAUACAGUCGACCGGCUUCGGUCGCCUAGCUCCCAAUAUUCUGAUGCUUGGGUACAAAAACAAUUGGCGUACUGCUGGACACAACCAGUUGAAUGCCUACUACAAUACACUGCACACCGCAUUCGACAACCGUCUCGCAUUGCUGAUCCUGCGUAUGGGCAAGGGAUUGGACAUCUUCAAGGGGCUCUCGAGUACUGACCUCUACAAUCCGGUACCAUCGCCCCAGGAGACGGCCAUUGCGGUCCCCAAGCGGAUGAUCGCCCGACGUUCGCUGAUGCCGGUCAACUCGAACCUCGACCUGCACGAGCUGAUGCAAUCGACGCGCUCCAGCCAGACGUCACCGGCACCGACGUUCCAUGCCGCUCCAGCCUUUGACUAUCCGCCACCGCAGGUCACGGCCGAGCCGGAAGCGAACCUGUUCAAGCAGAAGCAACCGAAGGGCACCAUCGAUGUGUGGUGGUUGUACGACGACGGUGGUCUAACGAUGCUCCUACCGUACAUCAUAACAACCCGCUCGAAGUGGGAAAAGUGUAAGAUACGGGUGUUUGCGCUCUCGUCGGUCAACCUCCAGGAAGAGGAAAAGAAUCUGAAGAUCCUGCUAGACAAGCUACGCAUCAGCUACCUUAGCCUGACGAUGGUCACGGUGACGGAUAAACCGAUGGAGUCGACAAUCCUGGAACAUCGUGAGGUGCUGCGUACCGUGACCGAUAGCAACGACGAUCUGCCCGUGCUGUCCGAGGCGGAGAAGCACCAGCUCGAGAUCAAAACCAACCGCCAACUGCGCCUCCGGGAGUUGCUGCUGGAGCACUCGAAGUCGGCCACGCUUAUCGUCAUGUCCAUGCCCGUCCCGCGACAGGACACCGUGUCGGCCGUUCUGUACAUGUCCUGGCUGGAGAUGUUAACCAAGGACAUGCCACCGUUCCUGCUCGUGCGCGGUAACCAAACGGAAGUGCUCACGUUCUAUUCUUAG